CGUCAUACAUACACAUUCAUAUAUACGUGACGUUUGUUAUCAGUUAAAAAAGCAUAUAAACAUUGUAACUAAGUUUUGUCAUCGUUGGCACUUAUUUUAUCCUUUAGAAAAAUGUUGAAGGCUGUUAUUCUAAUCGGGGGUCCACAGAAAGGAACUAGAUUUCGUCCACUUUCGUUGGACAUUCCCAAGCCAUUGUUUCCAGUCGCGGGACGUCCCAUUAUUCAAUUCCACAUCGAAGCAUGUAUGCAAGUAGAAAAUUUAAAGGAAAUUCUGAUAAUCGGAACGAAUCCAGCACCUCAAAUGGAAGCAUUUGUAAAGGAAAUGCAGACGAUCUACGAUGUGAGCAUAAGGUACUUACAAGAAUUCACCGCACUCGGCACUGCAGGUGGCAUGUAUCAUUUCCGUGAUCAGAUCCGAGCUGGAAAUCCUUCAGCCUUCUUUGUUUUGAACGGGGAUGUAUGUGCGGACUUUCCAUUGCAGCAACUGCAUGAUUUUCACAUGUCCAAGAAUAAGGAAGCUGAGAUCACGAUGAUGAGCACUGAAGCAACCAAGUUACAGUCAAUCCAUUACGGUUGCCUGGUUAUUGACGCAGAAACUGGUGCCGUUAAUCACUAUGUGGAGAAACCCGGUUCGUACGUGUCCACAUUCAUAAAUUGCGGUGUUUACAUCACUUCCAUUGAGAUAUUUUCGCGGAUGGCGGCGGUCUUCCACUCUCGUCAGCAGAAUUUCAACAACUUGAAUGGAAGUCGUGAUCAAGGACACAUCCAGUGGGAGAGGGAGAUAAUAACACCGAUGGCAGGAACCGGAAAAUUGUUUGCCUUGCCGGUGACGAAUUGGUGGUCACAAAUUAAAACAGCCGGAGCUGCUAUUUAUGCGAACCGACACUAUUUAGAACUGUACAGGCGCACACACGUCGAACGUUUAGCAAAUACGGGAUUCAAAUCGCUUGAAAAUGACGAAAAUUUGAUUUGUAACGUCAUUCAAAACGUGUACAUCCAUCCAUCAGCAAACGUGCACCCAACCGCAACCCUUGGACCGAAUGUGUCAAUAGGACCAGGUGUAACUAUAGGAAAAGGUGUACGCUUACGGGAGUCUAUUGUGUUGGACAAUGCUGUUAUUGAAGAUCACUCAUUGAUCCUACACGCUAUAGUCGGACGAAAGGCUCGAAUUGGAUGCUGGUCACGUGUUGAAGGAACUCCGUCAGAUCCUGAUCCCAAUAAGCCUUUUGCUAAGAUGGAGAAUCCACCACUAUUCGAUCAGAAUGGCAAAUUGAAUCCAUCGAUUACUAUAUUAGGUUCUUGUGUCACCGUACCAUCGGAGAAAAUUCUAUUGAAUUGCAUAAUAUUACCGGACAAGUGCCUCAAUCGAAGCUUCAAAAAUGAAAUAAUUUUGUAGAAAUUCGACGUAAACCUCUUAACGGACAAAAAAUAAAUUGAUUCACGA